AUGUUGCUUCAAAAUUUCGGUGGAAUAGGAUCGCAUCAAUUAGUGAUACCGAAUACGGUAUUUGGUCAGGCGCUAGCACUCCGUGAUGAGUUCAAAUGGAGCCCAUUCGAUGGAUAUCUUGGUCUCGCAUUUAAGUCGAUUGCCCCUGGAAGGAUUAUACCACCUUUUGAGAGAGCCUGGAAUCAAGAUCUCCUCGAUAAACCAAUUUUCACCGUGUGGCUGGAGCGUAAGGGAAUGGUGGAUAAUGUUGUUGGUGGAAUGUUUACUUACGGUGGACUGGACCACGACCAUUGUCAAAGUGAUGAGAUAUAUCAACCACUCUCCUCGGCCAGUUAUUGGCAAUUCACUAUGAAAUCGAUCUCGUUUGGUGCUUAUCAUAGUAACGGGGCAAGCUAUGAGGUCAUUUCCGAUACUGGCACAUCAUUCAUCCUAGGACCAACUCAUCUGGUGAAUUCAAUAGCCGAAGAACUUGGUGCGCAGAUUGGUCAUCAUUCGGAGGUAGGUUAUGAAUGNGGCGUGUUCCUUUCGAAUUGUUCCGGAUACACCGAAAACAUCAAAUUAAGAAUUGGUCAUCAUACCUAUGAAAUUGAACCGGACAAUUACAUCGUUCAGGUUUCCGCAUUUUCACCUCAUUGUGUAGAUACGAAAUCAUAUAUAAAUGAAUAUGAGUGUGUGCUGGCGAUGGGUACGUUCGCUGGCGUAGGAUGGGGACCGCAGCUGAUUCUGGGUCUUCCGUUCAUACGGCAGUACUGUCACAUCCACGAUUUCGGCGGCAGGCGAAUUGGUAACCUUUUGCAUCUGGAAGACUACAGUGACGUCCAAUUUCUGGGCAACAUCACGAUCGGUACACCAGAGCAGCAGUUCACAGUGGUGCUUGACACCGGCUCAGCAACUUUAUGGGUACCUGAUUUGAACUGUGGAAAUAUCGACGUGUUAGGUGGAAUAGGAUCGCAUCAACUAGUAGUAGCGAAUACGGUAUUCGGUCAGGCGUUAACAAUCGUUAACGCGCUCGAAGACAGUCCAUUCGAUGGAGUUCUUGGUCUCGCAUUUAGGUCGAUCGCUAUCAACAACAUUUUACCACCUUUGAACAGAGCCUGGAGGCAAGGUCUACUCGAUGAACCAGUUUUUACCGUGUGGCUUGGGCAUAAGGGCAUGGUGGAUAAUGUAUUUGAUGGAAUGAUUACUUACGGCGGACUGGACCACGACCACUGCAACAGUGAUGAGAUAUAUGAAUCACUUUCAUCAGCCUCUUACUGGCACUUCACGAUGAAAUCGAUCUCAUUGGGUACCUACCGUAGUAAGGCGGUGAGAUAUGAUGUCAUUUCCGAUACCGGCACAUCAUUAAUCACAGGACCAGCUCGGCUGAUCAAUUCAAUAGCCGUAGAACUUGGUGCGCAGGUGAAUGAAGAUGAAUGUUUGCUGGCGAUGGCUCCGUUGACUGGCGUAGGAUGGGGACCGCAGCUGAUCCUGGGUCAUCCGUUCAUACGACAGUAUUGUCACAUCCACGAUUUCGGUAAAAGGCAAAUCGGUUUUGCGAAACCAAGAACUCCUCAGACUCAACUGAGUGGUUUAUGA